AUGCGCAUCCGAUUCACCUUUGCAGGUGUAUUCCUGCUCCUGCUUAUCCUGGCGGCGUAUGCCGGCCUUACCAAGCUCCAGCUCGGCCAUCUCAUCAACGACAAGCUGCUGCACUUCCUCACCUUCUUUCUCCUCACCGUCGUCUUCUACUGGGUCGUCGACACGAACCGCCGGCGGACGAUCAACAUGACGUUUGUGAUAUGCACGCUGGUUCUCGGCGUGGGGUCCGAGUUCCUGCAGAGCUUCCUGCCCAACGACCGCGACUUUGACCUCUACGACAUUGUCGCCAACGUGGUCGGCAGCCUGCUGGGGCUGGGGCUGUGUUCGUGGUACCACAGGAGGAUGCUCGAGCGCAGGCGCCAGCAAAAGACGUACAAUGCGGUGCCGGGCGAGGAAGAGGAGGAUCUGGAGCUCGGUGAGGGCCACGAGACGGGUGUGGUGGUGGACGGUGGUGCUCCGCCGCAGACGCUGGAGGAAGAGGUGGACAACUGGGACGAGAACGCACCGGAUGACUGGGAGGAAGACGGGAAUGCGGAGGGAGCGGACAUUACGGCCGCAGACGCUGUCAACAAGGACAAGUAA